AUGCAGAGAAUUCGAAGGGAGGACUACCUCAAGAAGUGUAAAAACCGGGACGACUUCGUUUACGCCCACGUGCAGGACAUACUAGCCCACCAGCCCUUCGACCAAAUUUUAGAAUAUCACAAUGGGGAUGUUUACAUUGGCACGACCAGAAAUAAGAAGCGACACGGCUACGGGUUCUACAUCUACAAGGAGAUUCGGAGUGUCUACCAGGGCGAAUGGAUCGACAACGCGAAGAGCGGAUACGGGACGUUGUAUAACCCUCAGGGAGUUGUCUACUCUGGCGAAUGGCUGAACAAUAUUUCCCACGGCUUUGGAUGCACAUACAAAAAUGAGCAGCUCUUCCUUGGGACGUACAAAUUUGGGCUCAUAAAUGGAGUAGGAAUAUUAAAAAAAAAAAGCAGUUACAACUUUUGUCUUUUCAAAUCAAACAGGAAAAAAUGCAAAAUUAAAAUUACCAAACAUAUGGACAUAUAUUUUCAUUAUUAUAAAAAGGACAAACUUUUUUUGAAGGAAAAUUUAAGUGCCUUUUUUCCCGUGUACACGGAACACAGUUCCAUUUCACGUUUUGUGCGCAAGCAAAUAUUCGACCACCUCUUUGGCGUAGACAUAUCGUUUGUGCAAUUUUUUACAAAAGGGCGGGGAAAGGACAGCCCCAUUGGAGGCCUCUUAAGCUACGUAAAUUACGAGUCGAGGAUAAAUUUCCUCAAGGGGCUAAUUAGCAAAGGGGCGAAAGAAGGAGUAGGGGACAAUGUACAACCAGACUGUAGUGUGGGCAGCACGAAUGACUCAAUUGGUAAUUCCCCCCCCAAGGGGGAGACUAACGAGCACAGGGAUUGUAAUUUUUUUCCAUUUCACGAGGGUGUCGAUCUACGGGGGGAUGUUUCCUCGAGGGAGGCAGCAAAAGGUUCAACCAAGCAUCGCACCACUAAUGAGGGAACACGCUCUCCCUUCGCAGACGCAUCGGUGAGGGAUACACACUAUAUGUAUAACUCAAAUGAUUUUCCCAAGUGCACUCCGCCCCUUAAAUUGACGCACCUACUUCUUUACAAUUCUGAUCCGGAGAGUGAAAGCGAUUUCUGCCCGGACGUGACUCCAUCCAGUGCCUCCUCCCCCGAACGGCACUUUAAAGUGAAGAAAAAAAUAAGGACACCGAUUCGCUCAGCUGUGCAUUCAAACAUCGGUGCGAGGGAAAAGAGGAUAACAACACACAAGAGACAGGAGGAGAAAGGAAGGAGAUUAAAAUUGUAUAAGCUACUUGUGGGUGGUGCAUGUUCUAGGGUUCAGGGUUGUGGCGGGGCCCACGGGGAAAGUAGCUUCUCGAAUGGGCCCAGUGCAUCGACUGCAGAGUGUAGGGGUGGUGCCCAGUGGGAAAGCGGAGAGUCCACACAAUGUGUGUCAAGCAAGGAGGCACUUGAUAGGAGCACGCUGUGUGGAAAAGCCAUUGCGGGGCCGAGAAAGGGAAUGGCACGGAUGAAGAGGCAGAGGGCGAAAGGGUCGUCAAUGACCCACACGCCGCUAAAACAGCGAACACCGCUAACAAGGUCAACACGGCCAAUGCUUCAACGCCUGCUGGGCUACUUAAAAUAUAAAAACGAGAAGAACAAAAUCGAGUGCAUUUACCAAUGGAGGAGUUACCACAUAUUUGUUUUUCUUCACUUGUUCGGCCUGCACAAUUACAUAGCGGCUUUCAAGUCGAAUCAGGUGAAUGGAUUUCAUUUCUUCACCUUAAAUAGGAAAAUGCUUAAGAUGCUGGGGGUGGAAAAAAAUGAGCACAUAUACUUCCUGCUCAAUUUUGUAAACGCAUUUAGCAGUCUACAUAAUACGUACCUGCAAAUGCUCGUCAGCUGGGGGAACAUAAGAGGAGACCCAUUGGUAACCUUCAGCUCCAUCCCCAAAUCGGAGUUGGUUGUGCUUAGGCGCUUGGGCAGACAUGGGACUGGCAAGGUAUCGUACCUGUGUUACUAUGCAAACGCCCCCAUGAGGUUGAAAAUGUUUUCAACGAAGGAGAGGUCACAGGGUGAGGCGACCAGAGGGGCGUCAGGUGACGAGUUGGAUGGUGUAGAAUGUGACUCGAGCCCAGUUGGGGGUGACGUAGCAGACGGUGACUCGAGCCCAGUUGAGCAUGACGAAGAGGCCCACGCCCGCAUAGAUAAUACACUCCUAACCGAGGUGCAAAAGUUUCUGUUCGAUGAGCAGAAGCUUAACAACUUAGGGGAAAGCAUCCUAGACGGUUGGGCCAGCAUAAAAAGUAACUUGGUCAACCUGGAGUCUCACAAAAUUUUUAAGGGGUUGAAAGGAGGGGAUCUUCAUCGCAGGAUCCAAGUGGAAGGAAAGAAACAAAACAAGAAAAGUGAAAAGGAGGAGGACACACAGGACAAACCAGCAACUGUGAUGGAGAGGAUCCAACGAAGAACAGAAUUCAUGAGGGAGCAUUUCGUCCUCUCUAAUUUGAGACACCCCAAUGUGAUCACAUACAUAGGGAAUGUUAUAAGUAGGAAGAAGGAAAAGUUCGGUUUGGUUUUUGAAUUCCUUAGCGGCAUGUGCCUCCACGAUGCAAUAUACAAUAUUGUACAUACCCCUCAGCAGGGGAAAGGACAAACGUGCGGAGGGGAUGGAGGACGAGGAAGAGGAAGGGGUGAGGUGGGCAGGAAGGAACUAACAAAUGAGAAUAUUAUUAAGCUUUUUUACGAAAUCGCAUCAGCGCUAUUUUACCUACAUAGUAAACGGGUCGUUCAUGGAAGUAUAAACAGCCAAAAUAUAUUCGUGUCGGAAGAUGGGGGAGGCAUCAAGCUGUGUAACUUUGAAAAGGCUUCAAUAGAAUGUUACUACGAUUAUAAGGUGAAUGCACGAGCGGGGAGUCACCUUGGCGAAUGGAGCGAGGGGUCGUACGGGUCGCACGGCUGGCCAGACGCGGAGACAGGUGGAACAGAAAAGCACCACGUGGACGGGGUCACUAUCACAAAUGCAAGAACCAAACGCAUCAUCCGGCAUACGCCCCUGGAGGGAGAAAAAAUGAAUUUGCCUUUACCAUACAUAACUUGCAUGAAUGAAAUAAAAAAUAUUAACACCAUGAUGACCUCUCCUCUGUUACUCUUCCAAGCUAAAAAAUUCGAAAAGCGAAAUGUCCGUUGUGAUGAUCCCUAUGCCGCACCAGAAGUGCUAAGAGAAGAAGAGUACACAGACAAGUGUGACAUCUACGCAUUUGGAGUUGUGAUGUAUGAAGUUCUGUUUGGUGGUUUGCCAUUCAGGAGUAACUACGUGCCAUACUUCUUUUGGUUGUCCACUUGCUUUCACCAGAAAUACAUUUACAUCGAUGUGAAUAAAUUGCAUGAGAAGUUUUCUAAUAGGAAGCUCUUCCACUUGGUAGUAAGUAACGUCCUGUUGGUCAUGCGCCAGUGCCUUAACCCGGAACCCACUUGUAGACCCGAUUCAGCAUACCUGUGCAGGUAUUUCGGGCGUUUGGUCGACCGGCUCCCGUUAUCCUAG